AUGGAUGUGUACAGCACCCCCGCCGCCGCGCUGGACCGCCUGGUGGCCGGCAGCCUGCAGCCGCCCCCCGAGUUCCUGCAGGACGCCCGGCGCGCGCUGGGCACCCUGGACGCGGUGCUGAGAGCGCACGGGGGCCGCCCGGGAGCCGCCGCCCGGACCUGGAAGGUGCUGAAAACCGUCAAGGGAGGCUCCUCUGGCCGGGGCACAGCUCUGAGGGGCAGCUGUGAUUCUGAACUUGUCAUCUUCCUCGACUGCUUUAAGAGUUAUGAGGACCAGGGGAUUCACCGUGCAGAGAUCCUCAAUGAGAUGCGGGCCCUGCUGGAAUCCUGGUCGCAGGACCCCAUCCCCGGUCUGAGCCUUGAGCUUCCUGAUCAGGACAUGCCCGGAGUCUUACAGUUCUGUCUCGCAUCCACAAACUGUGAAAACCGGAUGGAUGUGAGCCUGGUGCUUGCUUUUGAUGCCCUGGGGCAGCUCAGCUCUGGUGCCAAACCUGAGCCCCGGGUCUACUCCCGCCUCCUCCUCAGUGGCUGCCAGGAAGGCGAGCACGCGGCCUGUUUCGCAGAGCUGAGGAGGAACUUCGUGAACACCCGCCCAGUCAAGCUGAAGGCCCUGAUCCUGCUGGUGAAGCACUGGUACCGCCAGGUGUGCCCGCCGGGGACAAGGAAGGAGCUGCUGCCCCCGGCCUAUGCCCUGGAGCUGCUGACCAUCUUUGCCUGGGAGCAGGGCUGCGGGAAAGACGCCUUCAGCCUGGCCCAAGGCUUCCGGACUGUCCUGGGCCUGAUCCAGCAGUAUCAGCACCUGUGUGUUUUCUGGACCCUCAACUAUGGCUUUGAGGACCCAGCCAUCAAGCAGUUCUUGCAGCGCCAGCUUGAGAGACCCAGGCCUGUGAUCCUGGACCCAGCUGACCCCACGUGGGAUGUGGGGAAUGGGGUGACCUGGCACUGGCAUGUGCUGGCCCAGGAGGCAGAGUCCUGCUGUGAGCUUCCAGGCUUUCUGCAGGCGGCUGGGGAACCCGUGCAGCCCUGGGAGGGGCCAGGCCUCCCAUCAGCCAGCCAUCUGGGUUUGGACCACCCCAUCCAGCGAGACCCAGCCCAGAGAAUCCCUGAGGACAGCAGGAGCCUCAAUGCUGUGUGCCCAAGGUCAGUGAGCCCGCAGCCUCCACGCCCAGCUCCCUGCCCCUUAGGGGCCUCCAGCAUCACCCCUUCUCUGCCGGGGAGGGUCUUGGAUCUUUCUCAAAUCUCCGCCAAGGAGCUGGACCACUUUAUCCAGGAACACCUGAAACCCAACCCCCAGUUCCAGAAACAGGUGGGCCAGGCCAUUGAUGUCAUCUUACGUUGCCUCCAGAACUGUGCCCACAAGCCCUCGAGAGUCAGCAAGGGGGGCUCCUUCGGCCGGGGCACCGACCUCAGGGGUGGCUGUGAUGCUGAACUCAUCAUCUUCCUCAACUGCUUCAAGGACUAUAAGGAUCAGGGCACCCAUGGUGCAAAGAUCCUGGCUGAGAUGCGGGCACAGCUGGAAUCUUGCUGGCAGGACCCAGUCCCGGGGCUGAGCCUCCAGUUCCCCGAGCAGAAUGCACCCGAGGCUCUGCAGUUGCAGCUGGUGUCCUCCACCCUCGACAGCUGGGUGGAUGUGAGCCUGCUGCCCGUCUUCGAUGCCGUGGGGCAGCUCAGGUCUGGCGCCAAACCUGAGCCCCGGGUCUACUCCCGCCUCCUCCUCAGCGGCUGCCAGGAAGGCGAGCACGCGGCCUGUUUCGCAGAGCUGCGGAGGAACUUCGUGAACACCCGCCCAGUCAAGCUGAAGGCCCUGAUCCUGCUGGUGAAGCACUGGUACCGCCAGGUGGAAGCGCAGAUCGGAGAGCAGCCGGCCUGUGCCACUCUGCCCCCCGCCUACGCCCUGGAGCUCCUGACCAUCUUUGCCUGGGAGCAGGGCUGCAAGGAGAACGGUUUCAACAUGGCCCAAGGCCUGAGGACCGUCCUGGGACUUAUUCAGCAGCACCAGCAGCUCUGUGUCUACUGGACGGUCAACUAUGGCUUUGAGGACCCAGCUCUGAGAACGAACCUCCUCGGCCAGCUUCGGAAACCCAGGCCGCUGAUCCUGGACCCUGCCGACCCCACCUGGAACGUGGGGCAGGGGAACUGGGAGCGGCUGGCCCAGGAAGCGGCCACCCUGGAGACACAGGCCUGCGUUUUGAGUGGAGAGGGGAUGCCCCUGCAGCCCUGGGACGUGCUGCCGGCUCUUCUUUACCAAACCCCAGCCGGACACCUGGACAAGUUCAUCUGUGAGUUUCUCCAGCCUAACCGCCAGUUCCUGACUCAGGUGAGCAAGGCUGUCGAUACCAUCUGCUCGUUCCUGCGGGAAAACUGCUUCCAGAAUUCUCCCAUCAAGGUGCUCAAGGUGGUCAAGGGUGGGUCUUCAGCCAAAGGCACGGCUCUGCGAGGCCGCUCGGACGCCGACCUGGUGGUGUUCCUCAGCUGCUUCAGCAGCUACACUGAGCAAGGCGACAAGCGGGCGGAGGUCAUCUCGGAGAUCCGCACCCAGCUGGAGGCGUGUCAGCGGGAGCUGCAGUUGGAGGUGAAGUUCGAGAUCUCCAAGUGGGAGAAUCCCCGCGUGCUGAGCUUCUCGCUGACGUCCCGCACGCUGCUGGACCAGAGCGUGGACUUCGACGUGCUGCCGGCCUUUGACGCCCUCGGCCAGCUGCCCUCGGGCGCCAGGCCCAGCCCUCGCGUCUACGUGGACCUCAUCCACAGCUACAACAACGCGGGCGAGUACUCCUGCUGCUUCACGGAGCUGCAGCGCGACUUCAUCAGCUCCCGCCCCACCAAGCUCAAGAGUCUGAUCCGGCUGGUCAAGCACUGGUACCGGCAGUGCAACAAGAUGCCCAAAGGGAAGGGCUCCCUGCCGCCCCAGCAUGGGCUGGAGCUCCUGACAGUGUACACCUGGGAGCAGGGCGGCCAGGACCCCCAGUUCAACAUGGCUAAGGGCUUCCGCACAGUCCUGGAGCUGGUCAGCCAGUACCGCCAGCUCUGUGUCUACUGGACCGUCAACUACUCCGACGAGGACAAAACCAUUGGAGAUUUCCUGAAACAGCAGCUUCAGAAACCCAGGCCCAUCAUCCUGGAUCCGGCUGACCCAACAGGCAACCUGGGCCACAACGCCCGCUGGGACCUGCUGGCCAAGGAAGCUGCAGUCUGCGCCUCUGCCCUGUGCUGCAUGGACAGGGAUGGCACCCCCAUUGAGCCAUGGCCAGUGAAGGCUGCUGUGUGAAGCCCAGAAAAUCAACAGUCACACCAGAUGAACAGAUGGACAUAUGGACACCAGCCCUCAUCAUGGGGAGACUCAGGGUCACCUGCCGUGUGUGUGUGCACAUGUAUGUUUGUGGGGGGCUGAGCAAGAGAGAUUCAGGGGACCUGCUUUCCUCCUCAAUCCAUUCUCCCAACUGCUGUCCCUACUACCCAGGCCUGCCCUCUCCUCCAGGCAGUCCACUCUGUUUACCUGGCCUGGAUGAGCUUCACUGAACACCCUUUGUGUCAGAUGGGCACUCCCCAGCCCACAUACUCCCCUGCUCUCUGAGGUCUCUGAGGUCUGCACACUGGAGUCCAGACUCCCGAGGUUGACAGCCGCCUGCAUUUUCAGCUUCUCCUAUCAUGCAUGUGACUCUCUCUCUCUCUCUCUCUCUCUCUCUCUCUCUCGGAGAUGACUCCUACCUCCCACAUGGCACCCAAAACCCUGGCGAGAAUGUCCUCCUCAUCCUCACCUCUCCCUCCCACACCAACACACACCCUCCCUUCUGCUGAAACCCAUCCCCACCUCCCAGUGGCCUCUUCCCCAAUUGAAGAGCUUUUUACAGGAUGGUAGAGUUUCCAUCUCAUUUGUCAGCCACAAUCAGUUGGUGUGGCUGCUGGAGCCCUGUGUUCUGAAGGAUUCCAAAGAAUGGAGGCUUAGUUGAGAAGCGCAACCUAAUCAGUUGGUGACGUCUGCCAUGGAUGCAGGAAAGGACAUUGAUGGUCUGAGUGCCAUGAUCGACUAUCAGUGGCUGGCCUGGAUGCAGAAGGAGUGCUCACCAGUCUACAGUGUAUGUCUAGAUUACUGAGGACCACGCUGAGCUAAGCCACAAGCAGAAAAGCAUGCCCAGAGCAGUAGCUUGGUCUGCCUUGAACAGACAGGGAUUGGGGACAUACAUGCUACGUGAACCCUCUCCUUGCACACCUAAUCAGAUGCCGUUAGGUUGGAGACCUCCUUCCCUCCACCCUUCCUGUUGCACCCAGUCUGCACAUUUUGAUGCCUGGCCCUUUUCACCUUCCUGAAUUUUUACUGCAUUCCUGCCUUCUCUCCAACCUGCAGGAAUGCCAUGUGAUUCUGCAGUCCUGAAGUCUAAACCUCAGCCAAUGGCCAAAUGCCAGUAUUCAGCUUGUUUCUCUCUGCCCUCCAGAGGAAACCCACCAGGCCCAUGCAGGCAGUGCUGCUGGCCUCCAGUCCAGCAGCAGUGCCCGUCUUAGCCAAGGCUCAGCACAGAGAGCAGAAGGUGCUCAAGGACAGACCAGAGGAGCACAAGGUGGGGGCCACUCGGGACUCUUGGUUUCAAGAUUAGAGCACAGUGGCCCAAUCAGAAGUCAGGAGGCUGCUGCUGCUUCUGCUAACACCCCUGCAGCUGCCCCUACUCCCUCACACCCACGAAGCUGGGGUCCAGACCUUGGCACAUGCACUCCAGUGGCCACCAACAUCUCAGGAUUUGCCAGCUGCCAGCACUGCAGGACAGUGACAAUUGCUGCCCUCCCUCAGCACUACCCAAUGGCAGCUGGGAAUCUGGCUAGUCUGGGAGUGGACAGUGCAUCUCCCAGUCCCUGCAGCAUAGGGGGGAGUAGAUGUCCAGUGAGCACCGUGAGUACCUCUUGGGCAGAGGUAUGCCCAGCAGCAGAUCGGGCUCUGACCUGGGCAUCGUGAGCCUUCGGUUCUCAUGCCAUGGGGACCAGGUGGCCUGUGCCCAUUUGGUAACACCCAUCCCCAACCCAUGGACUCUAGGCCUUCCCUGGAAAUGGCUGGAGGAUUAGGAUAAAUGUGAAAUGGUGGACAGCAGGAUGGCUCAGGGUGUAGGGGUGAGGGGCGCUCGUCAUGUGGGCGGGUAGACAGGAGGUUGUGCUGAUCCCAGCAAGCCCCUCGAUCUUUGACAUCAGCCCCCUGAAGUGAGCAGAGGUGUUCCACUGUCACUUAGGGCCUCCUGAUGUAGCCACACCCUUAGCUAGACGUCGGCUCCCCUAAGUUGUGUAUGUGUAAGUCCAUUAUAGAUUUCACAAUUGCCCUAAAAAUACCCACAUGUGCUUUCCUCUGGAACGAGGCAUAGGGAGGCUAAAAUUCCUAUGGAAAAAUUUACGGAUAAGAAAAACUAGGAAAAUAUGGCAAGGGGAGCCCCAGGGAGGGACCAGUCCUUAGCAGUGUUACGAAGAGCUAGGAUGCCUCUGUGUUUGAGCAACGAGGCAGUGUCUCCUACACUGGCCAGGGGGUCAGCUAGUGCCCGACUCCAGGAGGAGAAAUAACAAAGAAUUAAAUGAGACCAGAAACAGAGGGCCUUCCUGGGAGCAGGGGGCAAGGCAGUGUGUGGUCCCUCAACCAGCAGGCCGAGAAAAGUGAGCACCUCCUCCAGGAUUGUGGCAAGACAUAGAACUCCAAAGAAAGUGUGGACAUAAAUUUUUUUAAUAUAAUUUUUUUAAGUCUUUUUGAGAUAUAAUUCAUGUGCCAGGAACAUGACCCUUUCCAAGUGCACAAACUUGAGUGUUGUCAGCCUAUCUCAAGGUUUCUAUUUCAUCUACUCACAAGACAAGCCACCCACAAGGUGCAUCACCAUGCUCAUUCUAGAACAUUUUCAGCACCCCCAAAAGAAACCUGAAACCCAUCAGCAGUAUCUCCAUUCCCUCCAGCCCCCACUCCCCCUAAUCCCUGGCAACCAUAUUUCUGU